UCAGACAUGGCCGAAAAACAAGGAGAGGGAGCCGUAGGAGGACCAUAUUUCCACAAAGAGAGAAUAAAAUACAGCCCCGAAGAGGAGGCCAAGCUGGAAAGACAACAUUUCUGGAGGAUAAUUGAUGCUUUUAGAUUCUAUAGGGUCCAUGUUGGGGAGCAGGUCAGACGUGCAGAGCGUCAGUUUCUUAGCCUACCAAAGCACCACCAGAACAUGCUGCCAAAUACUUUGUCCAACCUGGCCCGGAUCAGUCGGUGUGCAGAACACAACCAGCAGGUGCUGCAGGCCAUUGUUGACAACAGCCUCCACAUGUUUGAGAACAUUGACUACGGGGAGAGGCAGGAUCCACGAAAGGCACGCCCAUCCACAACAUUUGACAUGGACAAGCUUAAGUCAACAAUAAAGCAGUUUGUCAGAGACUGGAGUGAAGCAGGCCGAGCUGAGAGGGAUUCCUGCUACAAGCCCAUCAUCCAGGAGAUCCAAAGACUCUUCCCAAGUGAUCAAUAUGAUGUGUCUAAGGUGAGCGUGCUGGUGCCAGGUGCCGGGCUUGGCCGUCUAGCCUGGGAGAUUGCUCAACUGGGUUAUACCUGCCAGGGCAAUGAAUGGAGCUUUUUCAUGCUCUUCUCUUCCAACUUUGUUCUCAACAGGUGUGAAAACGUGAACUCUUUGACCCUGUACCCGUGGAUCCACCAGUUUAGCAACAACAAGAAAUCCACCGACCAAACACGAGGAAUCACAUUCCCUGAUGUCAACCCACAGAGCUUACCUUUGACCUCAGACUUCUCCAUGGUAGCAGGCGACUUUGUGGAAGUCUACAGUGACCCAGAUUCCUGGGACUGCGUGGCUACCUGCUUCUUCAUAGACACAGCUCAUAAUGUCAUUGAAUAUGUGGAAACGAUCUGGAAGAUUCUUAAACCAGGUGGAGUGUGGAUAAACCUAGGUCCGCUGCUUUACCACUUUGAGAACAUGGCCAAUGAGCUGUCAGUUGAACUCAGCUAUGAAGACAUCAGGACAGCGAUUGUUAGUUUUGGCUUCCACAUUGAAGUGGAGAAAGAGUCAGUGCAGACCACCUACACGGAGAACGAGCGCUCUAUGUUGAGAUAUGUUUACGACUGUGUCUUCUUUGUGGCACGAAAACCUGCAGACCUAAAGUACAAUGGACAAGAAGAAGACGACCGGUGGCAGAGUUUUCCACCGGCCGCCAAGUCACCUCGCAGAGAAGGUACGGACAGCCUGACGUGACAGAGGGCCCUCUGACAAAAACUUAAACAUGGAAGAAUAUUAACUAAGCAAAGGUGAGACUGAGAAAUGAAAGAAAAUUGUAACACUGAGAAGAAAAUCAGAGGAAACAAAUUUUCUGUCUUUUUUUUUAUUUUUAUGAUGCACCUCAUGAAGAGAUGAACCCAGCACCACAGAUUCUGUUUCUCUAAGGGCAGCCUAAAAUUACAAUACUCUAUAUUAUGGAAAAUGCCUAAUAACAGUAGAAACUCUUUAUCUGUUGAUGCCUGAGUUUCAGAGAAGUCUGGUGAUAUUUUUAUGUGUCAGCUACAAUCAAUGACAAAUGGAUUUAUUUUAACUGCUUGCUGGACUGCUACAGAUCUUCCCAUUUCUCAACUCCAUUAACUUUAACUGCCUGAGUGUGUGUGUGACUGUGUUUGUGUAUGAUAGGAGAGAAUGAUGUGAACGUUUGCUAUCAAAGUCAUAUUUAUUUUUUUUUCAAUUAUGUGCCAAUAACUGCCUUUAUACUGAAAUUGUUAGAAAAUAUCUUCAACUUUUAAGGAUUUCAAUGGUUUUUAAGUUGAGGACAUUCAUUCAUGUUCCUGGUUUCUAAUCACACUUUGAAAUAAAGACAAAAACUCUGAA